UUCACGUCCUUUCCGACGGUGCCAGCCGAUUGCUUCCCAGCAUCUUGCUUCACGCUGCUCUCAAAUUCUAAUUAUCAUAAGAGAUUCUUGUCUGGUGCAGAAAAAAACAGACAAGUUUCCUUCAAUUAAAAUAAACAAUACUUCACAUUGAAUAGUUCAAGAUAUGAUGUAGAUAGAUUGUCCAGUACAUUAUUGAACAACAAAGUGCAUUGAAUUUCCAAUCACAAGUAAAGCACAUCAAAGGAAAGAAGCAUCGCUUGCUUGAUCUUCACGAUGAAUUCGCCAGACCAGAAUACAGAGAACUCGGAUGAUGCUUCUGGGUCUUCGCCUGACAUCCACAGACAAUCUGGAAAAGAGAAUAAUUCUGGAUUGCUGACACCUCCGACGACCCCAACGAGCUCCAGUGGGGUCGUGUUUCCAGGGAUGAUCCCAAACUCAACCUCAUCGAGUCAGUCGCAUUCAGGAACUUCGAUGUCCUCAGCCUUUUCUCCGUGGAUGGCCAAGGGACCUUUGCUUCCUCUUCUUCCUCCGCUGUCAUUUUUGACUGCAGCAAAACACGCUUCUUAUGGCCUGGAACCUCGGCUUGCAAGCCUCAUGGGCGAUUAUGGACGUAAUUUUACUUGGAAUGCCGAUUUGACGCGAUUGCUUCUCAGUCCCGGAGGCCGUAUUUGCAGGCCAAAGAAGCGGCACAUUUGUAAAUUUUGCACCCGCGAGUUCACCAAAAGCUACAACCUCCUAAUUCACGAACGCACGCACACGGACGAGCGACCUUUCCCUUGUGAAAUUUGUGGCAAAGCCUUCAGAAGACAGGACCACCUCCGUGAUCACAGAUACAUUCACAGUAAAGAAAAGCCUUUCAAAUGUGAAGUUUGUGGUAAAGGUUUUUGUCAGAACAGGACGUUGGACACGCACAAAGCCCAACAUGUGAACAAAUACCCGAAAUCACCAGUGCCCAGCACCAGUCCCGACCGCAUGAGUCUUUCGUCGUCUAUGGCCAAGGUACCUCAUAAGCAGCCCAUGCCACUGUACGACAAUAAUUCCAGCCAAUUUCUUAAUCGUUACAAACGAACUUUAAAUCCCGUGCAGAAUCUUGCUGGUAUCAAUAACCCUUUCUUUCCAGCUGCUACAAUAUUUCCUUCUAAUUUUCAGUUACAGGCUCUGUCUAAAAGUCUGGCCAACAAGGCAACUCCUCUGAACCAACAAUCUCUGCCGAAGACUCCUCAAUUGCCUAAAGGACUCACACUCAUACCGAUUUUUCCCGGCAAUCCUCCGCCAAAGUCAAUAAACGAGUACAGCAAAUGCCCGCAAUUGUCUCCCUCGCCAGUGUCAGCUAACUUUUCCCCGCCCGAGUUCAGCCCUUUGUCAAUGCCAGUCUUAUCCGAUGCCGACAAAUUAGAAAACCCCAAGAAAAAGAAGCGAGGCUUUUCUAUUGAAGAUUUAAUGAAUUGAUCUCCGUGGACUAUUUCAUGCAUUCUUAGAACUCUGAUCAAUUCUUCGUAAUGUAUAUUUCUUAACUGUAAAUAUUUUGUAAAUGCCGUGUGUUAUGGUUCCGGUUCAUUUCCGUUUGAUUCAUCUUGAAUUCAUUCAUAUCCGUUUUGUUUAAUAUUGAAGACAUACAUAUAUUGUUGGUAUGUAUCAACAGAAUUAUCUAUUUUCGCAUAUGUCAAAUGUCAUGGUUACCACGUAUAAUGUUCUUUUCCAUGACAUCUCAGUCGAAAUUCUGUGAUUUAAAUGUUAAGAGCAUUUCUAAAUUUAUUAAACAUAAAUUCUGUAAUAAAUGUUUACA